AGAGUGGUGGUCCACGCGGAGAGCACUGUGGACGGCGACAAAAGAGGUUGAAUUGGCGCUUGUUCCUUUUGAGCCGGCGGGUAAGAUGUGAGAUUAUGGGAAUUGGAGGCCAGGCGAGGCCAGUCAACUCCGAUUUGCGGAAUAAUUUGGGGACAAAACGAAAUGCAGCAGUGGCACGCGGGCGCUGGCGAUGCUGCUCGCCUAGAUCCGCAUGGUGAGCUCAUCGGAUGGGCGGGCCAUCGCGAAUUGGAGCAGUUGUCUCGAAUCCCUCCGCCGGUUCGUGCUCGUCCUCCCACUGGAAGAACACGAUGGGAGCAUGUGGAAGAAGAAUUCGCCCGGCGCCGGCAAGAAUCCUUCCUCCCAGGAGCGGCAUUCCAAUCUUCGCGCGAAUGCGAGGAAGGAAUUCGUCCAGGCAAUCGUGGGACGGGAAGAAUUGGGCGUGGUUAUCUGUGACCCAGAGAGGCUGCCACCGCUGGAGGCGGCGUACGUGGAUUUCCUUCGGAUGUUCCCCAGGUUUGCGGAGAGUCUAGCCGUGGACGAUAUGCGCGCUCGCGAGUACGCCCAUCUCCGCCACCGGGUGUGCUGCGACUACUCGGGAUUUGGCCUCUUCUCGCACCUCCAGAGAGUUUGCAACUCGCCAUCUUCGUCCUUCCGUCUCGCAUACGUCUCUGCCAAUCUCCCGACGCACGCGCUCUACGGAUCUUCCACUGGAUCAUCCAGCCUCGAGAGCCAUGUCCGCCGCAAGAUCAUGGAUCACUUUCGGAUCAGCGACACCGACUACUGCAUGGUGUUCACGGCCAGCAAAGGCAGCGCCGUCAAGCUCUUGGCAGAGUCGUAUCGCUUCGAUCUCCACCAGCGCCUGCUCACGUCGUACGACCACCAUAGCCAGAGCAUCGAGUGGAUGAUCGGCUGCGCGAGGGAGAAAGGUGCCAAGGUGUCGUCGGUGAGAUUCCGGUGGCCAUCGCUGAGGAUUUGCUCCAGGGAGUUGCGGAAGCAGCUCGUGGAGAAGAAGGUGUCCGGGAGGAGAACCGUCAAAGGGCUGUUUGUUUUUCCACUCCAGAGCCGAGUGACUGGCGCGAGGUACUCGUACCAGUGGAUUCCUUUCGCGCAGGAGAACCACUGGCAGGUUUUGCUGGAUGCCUCGGCUCUCGGGCCCCGGGAUAUGGAUGCGCUGGGCUUGUCGGUGUUUAGGCCCGACUUCAUCGUCAGCUCCUUCUACAAGGUGUUUGGAGCCGACCCCUCGGGAUUCGGGUGCCUGUUCAUCAAGAGGUCGGCCAUCAAGUGCUUGCACAACACGACGAGAGCGAGAUCAGUGGGGAUGGUGAAGCUCUUGUCUUGCCCGUCGUCGCAGCUGGGAGAAGAAGAGAGGCCCGAGUUCCCCCCGGGCUUGGAGCGGGACGUGGAUCCCAGCAACGUCAGCUCGUUCUCGGGGCCUCUAUCAGCGGAGGAGAUUCGAGCGGCCUCGGGAGAGAUCUCGUCCAGUUUGGCCGACAAUCAUGCAGACCAUCAUCGUGCCACGCAAGAGACGUGCGCUUCAGCUCCGGGGAAGCGUGAAGCUUCGCGUGACAAGGAACAGGUGGAAGAAAUCAUGGUGCUGUGUCCACGUCCAAGCGAAGAAGUUGACGACAAGAAGUCGGAGAUUGAUGAUACGUCGACGCACAGUAGUCCACGGAGUGCGCAGUCUUCGAGAGGAUCCCCGACGUUCAAACAGCACAGUAGUCCACAUUCUUCGAGUGAAUCUUCGCCGCAGCAAAUUGACAUCAAAGGGAAGCGCAAGAUGGAGGAGGUGAUUGAGGAGGCGGAGAGUUCUCGCUGGAGAAGCGAAACAGGCGGGCCCGAAAGCAGCACAGGACAUGGGGAGAGUUCGUCUCAGCUUCGCAGGAAUCUACCCGAGAUCUUCGUCGAAACAAGCCCGCCCCCACCACCACCACCACCGAAAACUCUGAUCGAACUUCUAUCUCGUCCCGCCCCUGAGAAGAGACCAUCGCUCCCUCCAUCACCACCACCGCCAGCACCGCCAGCUCAAGUUAAGAGGCUCGUCGAGCUUCUGCAUGAUCCCGCGGUUUCGGAUGGAGGGUCUUCGGAUUUGGAGGAAGAAGAUGAGCUCCGGGUGGUUUGCAAGGCGCUGGACCAGACAAAGGUGCUGGGAAUGAUAAACAUCAAGAACAGGCUGAGGUAUCUCAUCAGCUGGCUGCUGCUCUCUCUGGCGAAGCUCCGCCAUCCGGCCUCGUCGUCGCAUGGAUUCAAGGCACCGCUGGUCCAGAUUUACGGCCCCAGCGGGAGGAAAUACGAUCGAGGUGCGUCCAUGGCUUUCAAUCUCUACGACUGGGAUGGGCUUCUCUUCCAGCCGACGCUCGUCCAGCGGCUCGCGGAUCGAAACAGCAUAUCGCUGGGACUUGCGCAGAUCAAGAACGUGAAGUUUGUGGACUUGGUGCCGGACUUCCAGAACAUAUCUCCCAGGAAGAGCAACGCAUUCGGUUCGUCCCAGAGUUCUUCGCCGGAGAGCCAGCAAGAGUUCCUGGUGGUGACCAUCGCUUUGAGCUACGUGAGCAGCUUCGAGGAUGUUUAUAGAGUGUGGGAGUUCGUCGCGAAGUUUUUGGAUGCUGAUUUUGUGAACAAGGAGGUGUGGAGGUACCACGCCAUAAACCAGCAGAUGGUUGUUCUUGGGUCCUUGUGAGAGUGAUCGAGCGAGAGAAAGAUCUCAAUAAGCUCUCUCAAUUCAUUGAGAUUCUACAAUAAUCGAAGAGGCUAGCUAUGUCACAAGACUCA